AUGUCCAUAACAACCCUAGUGUCAACUUGUCUCUGGUUCUUGCUGGUGUCUAGAUUCGCAGGCGCAAACGAGGUCAACGUGAAUUGCCUGAGGAGCAUAAAAUCUCAAGUUAUAGAUCCGAAGCGAUCUUUAUCAAGUUGGGCAUUUCGCAACGUGAAUGCAACUUAUAUAUGCAGUUUUAUUGGUGUGGAAUGCUGGGAUGCGGACAGGGACAGGGUUUUGAAAAUGAAUCUUUCUGGUUAUGGUCUCCAAGGAGAAUUUCCUCAGGGUUUAAAUGACUGUUCUUCUUUGACAGGUCUAGAUCUAUCUAGGAACAACUUCUCUGGAGCUGUACCAUCUAAUAUAGCCUCCUUGAUUCCAUUCGUUACAACUCUCGACCUCUCUUACAAUCAAUUCUCCGGUGAAAUUCCAACAGAUUUAUCAAAUGUUACCUUUCUGAACACUCUCAUGCUUCAGCAUAACCAGUUCACCGGUCAGCUUCCUCCCGAGCUAGCGUCGCUUAAGCGGCUCAAAGAGUUCUCUGUGGCAUACAAUCACCUGACCGGUCCUGUCCCAGAAUUCAAUGAAGCCUUGGGAAUUGGACCGGAGAGUUUUGCUAAUAACACUGGUUUAUGUGGUUUGCCUAUGGAUUCUUGCAUUGAGCAGGAAGAAAAAGUGAUCCGGUUUGGGAAGAUGGGUGCAGUAAUUGGUGCGGCUGUGUUUGCACCAGUAGGCUUCACAUGCGCAGACGAGGCCAACGUAAAUUGCCUGAGGAGCAUAAAGUCCCAAGUUAAGGAUCCAAAUGGAUAUUUAACGAGUUGGGUGUUUGGCAACGAGACUGCAGGUUAUAUCUGCAAGUUCACUGGUGUGACUUGCUGGCAUGAUGACGAGAAUAGGGUUUUGAGCAUUGAACUUUCUGGUUUUGGUCUGGAAGGUGAGUUUCCUCAAGGGAUAAAGGAAUGUUCUGAUUUGACAGGUCUAUAUCUUGCUAGAAACAACUUCUCUGGAGUCUUACCAUAUAAUAUAGCCUCUUUGAUUCCAUCCGUUACAAUUCUCGACCUCUCUGACAAUCAAUUCUCCGGUGAAAUUCCAACCAGUUUAUCAAAUAUUACCCUUCUGAACAGCCUUACGCUUCGGCAUAACCAGUUUACUGGUCAGCUUCCUCACGAGCUAUCGUCACUGCAGCGGCUCAAGAUUUUGUCAGUGGCAUACAAUCAACUGACCGGUCCCAUCCCUAAAUUUAAUGAACAACACUUGAAAAUUGGAGUGGACGAUUUUGCUAAUAACGAGGGUUUGUGUGGUCGGCCUAUGGAUGCUUGUGCUGACCCGGACGAAGAUAUGAUCCGGUUUGGGAAGAUGGGUGCAGCAGUUGGUGCGGCUUUAUUUGCACCAUUAGUUGCGUUCUUAGACUCGUUUGUCUUCAAUGGUAGGAAGCAGAAACAAGGAGAUAUAUGA